ACUGCUCACCCCUUGACAUUCUAUGACUCCAGGAGAAGUGCGCAUUGACCAUCUUCCGUCACAACAAAGAUGCCUCUCUUUGGAAGUACAUUCAGUCCAAAGAAGACGCCCCCACGGAAGUCUGCUUCUCUCUCCAACCUGCAUAAUCUGGACCGCUCAACCCGCGAGGUGGAGCUGGGCCUCGACUAUGGAACCCCCACGAUGAACCUGGCCGGGCAGAACCUGAAGUUUGAAAAUGGCCAGUGGGUUGCAGACACGGGGGUUAGUGGCGGCGUGGACCGAAGGGAGGCGCAGCGGCUCCGGAGGCGCAACCAAGUGCUGGAGGACGAGAACAAUCUCUUGCGGCUGAAAGUCGACAUCCUGCUGGACAUGCUCUCAGAGUCCACUGCUGAAUCCCAUGUGCUGGAAAAGGAACUGGAUGAACUGAAGGUUGUGAGCCGGAGGAGGAAAUGAAGACCCCAAAGUCUUUGUCAGGAGAGCAGGGAGACACUCCCACUUCCUGGAGUAGUAGGGUGUGGCUGAGGGACUUUUUAGGUCUUGAAAGAAAGUAUCACUAAUGUGGCCAGAGGGCGCUGGCACCCUGAGGUUGGCAUUGGAAAGGUGACACAUUAAGGGAGGGAACACAAACUGUGGUUGGGGGCCAGGCACAGGGAGACCAUUCUGAAGCACACAGAGAAAUCUGGGGCGAGGGCACAUGAGUGUUUCCGGUCACUUCCGGUGCAGAUGCACACAUCCCAUGGUCACCCUCAAUGUGCAGACUUUACCAGCAGCCCCUUGAGUGGGUGUUUGGGGUGUGGCACCUGUGAUCCAGAACCCUGCAUGGGGGUCACAGGUGAGUGCUCUCCUGGCUUUCUGUCCCAAAGGCCACUCUUCUCCUAUAGGGACAACUUACCCCCCCCCCAUGGCCUCUGCUUCAGCUCCUCAGCACCACGCAGCAGCUUUCCAUAGCAGUGCUAUGUUUUUGUGCUACUUUCCUGUUUACUUUUUUUCUUCUUGAUUAAACAAUGUUAUAUAA